GCCGUCCUUCUGCAAUUUGAAUUCUGCUGCCUGCUCUCUGCCAUUCCGUCUCUUCUUGUCUGCGAGAAUCCUCCGUACUUCUUUUUGAUUCAACCUUGCCUCCGGUUAGCGCAAGCUUAGUAACAACAACUGCCACCUUCCUCCGCAGUUCCAGGGGCCAUCAGCCCACGCAAGCUACUAUACAGGAACUCUCCACGAGCCGGGUCGAAAUCGAGUCCCGCCAUUUCAGUCGAAUUUCGUGAUGAGUAGUCGAACCGAGGCCGACCUUGCGAUUAACAUUCGCAAAGCUACCAAUAUCGAGGAAACCGCUCCGAAACGGAAACAUGUUCGGGCUUGCAUCGUCUACACUUGGGACAAUAGGUCCUCUGCUGCCUUUUGGGCUGGCAUGAAAGUACAACCCAUCCUCGCCGAUGAAAUCCAGACCUUCAAAGCCCUGAUUACGAUACACAAGGUCCUGCAAGAAGGCCAUCCAAUCGUGAUUAAAGAAGCACAACAACAUGUCAACUGGUUGGAUACUUUGAUGAGAGGGGUUGGCGGGGAAGGGAUUCGUGGUUAUGCUCCACUCAUUAGGGAGUACGUCUUUUUUCUUGAGUCGAAAUUACAUUUCCAUCGGAAUCAUCCUGAAUUCAAUGGUCUGUUUGAGUAUGAGGAAUAUAUCAGUUUGAAGACCAUCAAUGAUCCCAAUGAAGGCUACGAGACAAUUAGCGAUCUCAUGACUCUGCAAGAUCAGAUCGACGCAUUCCAAAAGCUGAUCUUCUCGCACUUCCUGUCGGGUACUAAUAACGAGUGUCGAAUUUCCGCGUUGGUUCCUCUGGUGCAGGAGAGCUAUGGUAUCUACAAGUUUAUUACCAGCAUGCUGAGGGCUAUGCAUACAACAACCGGAGAUGCCGAGGCUUUGGAACCUCUCCGUGCACGUUAUGAUGCUCAGCAUUAUCGAUUGGUCCGGUUCUACUAUGAGUGCUCCAACUUGCGCUAUCUGACCAGUCUCAUCACUGUCCCCAAGCUUCCUCAAGACCCUCCAAAUCUGUUCGCCGAAGAUGAAGACCGCCCAGCUCUCCCUAAGAGACCGGCCAAGGAGAUUGAACGGGAACCCACACCGCCGCCAGCGAAAGUGGAGAUGGAGGAGCCGGAGCCAAUUGCUGAUUUCUGGACCAACGAAGCCAAGCGCCAACAGGAAGAAUACGAGGCAGAGCAGCGGCGUAUCCAACAACAGUGGGAAGACGCGCAGCGACAGCAGCUCCUUGCUCAGCAGCAAGCCCAACGAGACUUUGAGGAGCAGCAGCGUAUCCAAGCAGAACAAGCGCGACUUGCCCAGGAACAACUCCUUCGUGAACAGUAUCAGUCGCAGACUCAGGGCCGCUUGGCAGAGCUGGAACGUGAGAACCUUAAUGCACGGGCCCAGUAUGAGCAGGACCAAUUGAUGUUACAGCAAUAUGAUCGUCGUGUGAAGGACUUGGAAGAACAGAUGAACCAGUUGACGCACAACGUGAACCUGCAGAAUGCAUCCAAAGACGACCAGAUUCGUGCCUUGCAGGAACAAGUAAACACUUGGCGAUCAAAGUAUGAAGCCCUCGCCAAGCUCUAUUCCCAACUCCGACAAGAACACCUGGAUCUUCUGCAGACUACUAAGGGUCUCAAGUUGAAAGCAGCGUCUGCACAAGAGGCGAUUGAGCGGCGUGAAAGACUUGAGCGUGAGAUCAAGACCAAGAAUCUUGAAUUGGCCGACAUGAUAAGAGAACGAGACCGUGCUCUGCACGAGAGGGACCGUCUGACAGGAACUAACAAGGAAGAACUUGAGAAGGUCAAGCGGGAACUUCGGAUGGCCAUCGAUCGUGCAGAGAAUGCCGAACGUCAAAAGGGCACGGAGAUAUCCACCCUAUUAUCAAAAUACAAUCGUGAGAUGGCCGACCUGGAAGAGGCUCUUAGAAAUAAAAACCGAGCGCUUGAAGAAGCUUUGUCUCGGAACUCUGAACGACAGGGAGAUCAAGAUCUUGCCCUACGUGAGAAGGAUGAGGAGAUUGAAGUCUAUAAAUCGGGGAUGGAACAGGCCCUCAUGGAACUUGAGGAGUUGAAAUUAACACAAGGCGAUGCGGAUCAAGCGUUAGAUACACAAAUAGACCACGUCCUGCACAGUAGCAUUUCCAAGAUCAACGACAUUAUUGACUCUGUGCUGCAAACCGGUGUUCAGCGCGUGGACGAUGCUCUAUACGAGCUGGACUCUAGCAUGCAGGCCGGAAACCAGAAUGCUUCUCCUCCGUAUGUACUCUCGCAGAUUGAAAAGGCGUCAGCCUCUGCAACAGAGUUCUCGACAGCUUUCAACAACUUCAUUGCAGAUGGACCCAACAGCACUCAUGCGGAGAUCAUUCGCACAGUUUCAAUCUUCUCAGGCUCAAUUUCGGAUGUCCUCAGCAACACUAAGGGGUUGACACGGUUUGCGAACGACGACAGGAGUGCAGAUCAGCUGAUCAACUCUGCUCGGAAGUCAGCCCAGGCGACGGUAUGGUUCUUCAGGGGACUCCAGUCCUUCCGGCUGGAGGGGUUGGAGCCUCUGCAGAAGACGGACGUUGUGAUCAACAACAAUUUAGAAGUGCAACAGGAUCUGCAAUCGCUAUCUAAGCUGGUUGACACGUUUGCCCCUAAGGGCACGAAGAUCAGCACGAAGGGCGACUUGAGUGAGAUGGUUGACCAGGAACUCAGCAAGGCUGCAGAUGCAAUUGAUGCGGCCGCACAGCGUCUGGCGAAGCUCAAGAAGAAGCCACGUGAAGGAUACACGACGUAUGAGCUUCGCAUCCAUGAUUCGAUUGUGGAGGCAGCUCUAGCGGUUACAAAUGCGAUUGCAGAGUUGAUCAAGGCUGCUACGGCUACGCAAGAGGAGAUUGUGCGGGAGGGACGUGGAAGCUCUUCGAGAACCGCAUUCUACAAGAAGAACAACCGGUGGACUGAGGGACUCAUCUCGGCGGCAAAGGCCGUGGCGUCAUCGACGAACACACUGAUCGAAACGGCCGAUGGGGUGAUCUCCGGCCGGAACUCUCCAGAACAGCUUAUUGUCGCGAGCAACGACGUGGCGGCGAGCACGGCGCAGCUGGUGGCGGCCAGUCGGGUCAAGGCGUCGUUCAUGAGCAAGACGCAGGACCGGUUGGAGACGGCCAGCAAAGCGGUCGGGGCCGCAUGCAGGGCGCUCGUGCGCCAAGUCCAGGAUAUCAUUGCAGAGCGCAACCGGGAUGAGGGAGAGACAGUGGACUAUUCGAAGCUCAGCUCGCACGAGUUCAAAGUGCGGGAAAUGGAGCAGCAGGUCGAAAUUCUCCAGCUCGAGAACAACCUGGCGCGUGCGCGGCAACGGCUGGGAGAGAUGCGCAAGAUCUCGUACCAGGAAGACUGAGGAGCGAAUGGGAUGGUGGAAGGUUCGUCUAGUUGGGACUUUUGUUUCUGUUCUUUGGGCUGCGUCUUUGUCGCUUUGCGCAUGGUGCAUGGAUGUUUUGUAUCUAUCGAUCUCCACCGCGGCUCAAACCGUAACUCUACUUGCCAUCUUUAUUUUACUUUUUGCUUUGGACCCGUGGGCGGCUGCGGAACCUAUGUUCUGUUCCGGGGAUGCCCUGGUGCGUAGUGCUUGGGAUAUAUGUAGGAUGCGGCAAACGGGCGGCAAAUCUGACGGUUUUUGUUUCAGGAUGUGGCAUGGCGCUUACAGCAGGGACAUCCUUGGACAGAUGCACGGGGAGCGUGUGGCUCGGGCGGUUGUGAGGUUAUUCUGGAUAUAUUUAGCAGCAGUACCAAGGGAACCUUAUUUCGUCCUCCCUCGAACUACAGACAGGGUCUACGCUGCACCUGACUGUUGACAAUGUACUGCAACUAAACCAACUAACC